AUGGGUUCGGGAGCGUCAAGCUUGGCGAGUGAGACGCCAGGCGGUGAUCUACGUCUACCUGCAUCUGGGCUGCGGUUCUCUCUCAACCAGCUUCGAACUCUCAAUUCAUAUGUGGAUAAUCUUUGGGAGGAAGAUCAAACAGGGCGCAUUUCGACGGAGCUGGAGAGUGCAGUGGAGAGUCUCGUCCAGAGGAUAGUAGACGGAGCAGGACAGAGGGACCCCAGGUUCAGAUGCUGUCAUCUCAUAGCAUUGCAUAGAGGGAAGAAGAUGAGAUCCCGUUCCCUAGAAUACCUGGUGACCUUGGACUCCCUUCCUCCCUUGAACUUGGGGGAAGAUUGCAGUCUACAAGCCGGACCGGUGGGCUACGGACGCAUUCGUCUUACAGGCCGAGAGGCUGACAAAUGGGAGGAGUUUUUGACACCUUCAGGGUAUUUGUGCAGAGACAAGGUGGUAGAGCGCUGGGUGGAGCUGAUAGCUCGCUGCACGUCGGCGCGCGGGGGAGGCGGCUCGCGAGUGCUCUGCGCGCGCGCAAUCAAGCAUGCAGUGCCUUACACACACUGCUACCUGCAGAGGGGAUCAACUCUACUAUCAAACAACGACCGUCGUCUCGCUAUAGUGGAGGGAGCUGCAUGGGUGAUGGUGCGCGUUGGAGCUGGUGAGGCAGAAGCCAAGCUGAUGUUAGGAGCCAGGGUGCAGGGGUGCAACGCUGCGGCAUAUACUAACAGGGUGCCAUUGAUACAUCCCAUGGCGUUGCUGCAUUAUACUAGUGCUCAAGGGGGUUACUACGCCGCGGCAGUAGGUCCUCCAUCGUCCCUAGUAUGCGGAGACCGUUCCUCCACGUGGCAGCUGUGGCACCCCUCGCUGGAGGCCGAGCUGGACGCGCACUGCUCCCAGCUGUCCACUGUCGCCAGGAUCGCUGGAGCACUCAACGUGCUGAUUGAUAAGAUGAGGGAGGGAGCUUACCAGGGCAGUCUCCGCGUACUGAGUCGGUACGUGGCGUCGUGCGCGUUCCGCCGUCGCGCAGGCCGCUGCGGCGCGGCGGCGGCGGGCGCGGCGCGCUGCGUGGCCGCGCUGCAUGCCGCGCACCAUCUACUGCUGCUGCUGGACGAAUUAUACUCCCUAUGUGAGCGUGGAGGUAUAGCAGGAUACGUGUACCCAGUGGAGCGUGGAUCAGUAGUGCGGCGCGGGGCGAGGGACGCUGACUGGCAGUUCGAUGCCGCCUGUGUCAAGAGCUGUCUGCAACAACUACAUCAUGUUGCAGGUGAAGACAUUCCACCAUCACCAUCAGACUGCCUGGAGACAGCACUCCUGAGUCGGUGGGAGAGCCUGAAUAGAGAAGCCAGGGCUUCUGCCGGGUCCAUCCCAACUUACUCCAAGCGACAACUGCGGUACUUGUGGAGGGUGGCCAGUGAACUGCUCAAGUGUAAGAGUAUGGUGGCUUGUGAAAGCCACAGCACGUUCAAAGCGAACCUCAUCCAGGUGACGUCAUUGAACCAGGAGCCCAUCGAAGACCUGAUCCAUGUGCUGGCCAUCAUGCUGGACCAGGCUCGAGACCUCUACCUAAACAAUUUCCACUCCAAGAGUGUUGGGGAGUUUGAUAGGGACUUCUCUGCUUAUAGGUCAAAGAAAUGGAACAAGCUAAAAGACUACUACGACGCAUCAUCAGCCUGUCUAAUAGACGCUGUGCGGAGAGACCCUGAAUUACGGCGAGAAGACCUAAAAGACCAUAUAGUAAUCAUGAAGAACAUUCUAAACUGGCUUUAUAAGGGAGCUAAAGAUGACAAGAAAUACCUAGGACCAGUUCUAAGACCGUAUUUGGAUGGUCUUUUCACCACUUCUAUAGAAAAUUCAUGGUUUUUAGAAGAGUUUGAUGGAAAGAAAUGUGUGCAGGAGUUUGAAGGUCUCAAAGAGUAUUGUAUGGGUGUCCAUGAUGGGUCUUUGGAACCGUGCAUGGGGUUGCUGGAUGCUGCCAAGAAGUUUGCGUGGGCUAAAGCUAUGGUGGACUUUGUGGACAGAUUUCGUCAUAUCGAUUUCCGCCUUGUAUUCCCAACUGGCGAAGGCAUGGCAAUAUCUUACCCCAUCAAGUUGCCAUCGAGAAGAGAGCACAGUUCUGCCCGCACUCUCACACUGAGCAGGCGUGAUAAGGCCGAGGCUAAACUAAGACUCGCCAAGCGAUGUGUACUGGGCGCCUUCGCUACUGCACUUGUGGGGGAUAGGCGACACAAACAAAAACCAAUAUCUCGCCACGAGAGCAGCGAUGAGAUCCUCGCAAACGUUAAAAAUGGAAACUAUUGGAGGACCACGAAACCAGAUAUAAUUCCAUCCUCAUCUAUCCAGGAUAUCUCGAAAGACCAGUUGGAUAGUCUACCCAGAGUGAGAAGACGGUCCAGGAGACAUAGACCAGCUACAUCAUAUGGGUUUCCAGAAAUAUCCUUAUCAGACCAUGCAGAUACGAAGACCAUGAGACGAAAAUACCACACAUUGAAAAGUUUGGUGUAUACGGAGCCAGUAGAGAGUAUACGGGAGAUCAGGCAAAGACCACGGUCAGCUGGGUCUACUGUGAAGAACAAAGAAGCGCUGAGCAGACCGAGUAUUCUAGAGACGUUGGAUUUUAUUAAUAGCGUGAAGAGUGCGUUGUGUGUUGAGGAAUCCGGUGCAUCAGACGCGGAAGACUCAGCGUGGUCUUUAGAAGAUGAGUGGUUGGUGGGACAGUGCGCUCCUCUCAACUUGAUAUCAGCGCGCAGUGGACACCACGCACUGCAUCUAGCACUUGGAGACCUCGUGGUGGCACUGUUACAUCGGGGAAGGUUUACUAUCUUACAAGAGCUAUGUUCGUAUCUGGGUGACGCGAGUGAGGGCGCGCUGUUCGCCUUGCAUCGACUGGCGAGGGCUGCUCGCUCUAGAAGUAGUGAGAGAGCCUCUAGCUCCUGGCGACUCCCUGAAGCAGAAGGCUCAAUAACAGAAGCUCCCCAGAAGUACAGACCUCGCCCUCCUGACUAUGUGUCCGGGGAUGAAGCCCCACCACCACCCCCUCCACUACCCAGGACGUCAAGUAUUGGGAGACAGGUAUCCAGCCGCUACACCGACUAUCAACCACCAAACCGCCUUCAACUGGAACCGACGAUCACUCAAAUCAACCCUAAAUCACCCCCAUACACAGGCAUUAUCAACCCUAUAUACGACAUCAAGAUGCCAAGGGACAAAUUUGCCGUAAAAAGAUCCAAGUCUUUAGGCAGAAGUUUUAGUUCUAAAAACUUAGGUAUAGAGAUAAAUAGGUAUAAUAUCACCCUAGGUCACAAGAGUGGGAGGAGGACCAAUGAUGUGGUGACUGCGAUCACUGGUAUGACGGGGGAGACUGGGCUGGAGACCAAGGGCAACUUCUUCCAAAGGUACAGUACUGCUGAAGUGGUUGGAGAUUCGUAUAGAGUUAGUAGAGUCACUAUAGAUUGA